AAAGUGUGACCGGAAGUUGCUGUUGUUGUCCUGAGAAGACCCUUGCUGUGUGACGAUUUGGUAGUACUGUAUUACAGAAUUAUUUCACAGACUUUUUGCUAUCUUUGAAUACGAAACGAUUUUGGGGUGAGAUACUAUUGUUAUGAGCUUGGAUGUGUGUUCACCUUUUAGCUUUAAGCUAACACCAACGUAUCGAAUGGCUUUGGUUUCUCGGAACGAAAGUGCAAGUUUGCCCUCUUCGGCUGUUGUCACAUCCUCCGCUGCAUGGUCGUAAGAAUUCACGGUAACAUAAGGACAAGUGACAACAAGGUUAUGGUACCGUCAGGAUAUAAGAGGAGGAACUGGCUGUCUCAUUCUAUUCAUGUGAUGUUCCUGCUUGACUGUGUGCUUGGUUCACUUCCUGCUCCGUGUAAUCUAGCUGUACACUCCGUUAACUUCCUCCAUAUCCUGCAUUGGGAUCCUGCGCCUGGCUCCCCACCAGGAACUCAGUACAAGGUCUUUACAAGGUUAACUGGAAGUAAGGAAAGAGAACCAGAGAACAACACAACAACUGCAACAUAUUUACAGCUGAACUUAGACAAUUAUAAGUACUACUUGACUGUCCAAGCAUUCUAUAAUGGAACCUGGUCUGCAAUGUCUGAAGAAGUCGUCUUCAAUCCAGUUGAACAAACUAUCAUCGGCCCUCCAACAGUAACACUGGCUGGAUAUAGCAACAGCAUUCAAGUCAACAUAUCGCUGCCUGAUGCUGACAAAAGCUCACAAAUACCAAAUGAUGACAUCUUAGCCUUCUACAAAGCUAAGUUUAGAGUCUCGUGGAAGACGUCUAAAGGAAUAGUGGAGUUAAAAACACAAGAGAAGAGUGUUACUCUUGGCAACUUAGAGACAGCCAAGGAAUACUGUGUACAGGUUCACACUGAGAUUGCCAUGAAUAGAAAUACGCAGCCAUCAGCCUGGGUGUGCACUCACACGAGUAUUGCAGAACCAAUCAGAGUUCCUCUUCUUGUAGGUACAACUGUUGGUCUGUUGGUUUUUUGCAUUGGUGCCUUGGUGGCCCUGUUGUUUAGUCUCUCCUACACCGGAUUCCUUUGGAAGCCUAAGACAACGGUGCCCAGUGCACUAAUUAUUUCCCUGUCCCAUAGUACAUCUCUGCCAAUAGAGGAAACUACCCCUGACCGUAUCUCCAUUUCCUCCGAGACAUGCAAAAAGACCACCACCACCACCAACAGAUCAGUGUAUCCUGCCACCGAUACCACAAGCUUGGAAGAGGAGGAGGAAGAUGAAGAGAGGAAUGUCUACAUCAACAGAGAUGCUGAAAAUUCUUCAGGGAAAGGUUCAUGCCAGAACUAUGAUAUAUUCAGGACUAACCAAUUAGCUCCAUCGCAAGAUUCCCAGAGUUCCACUACAAGUUCACAAGCUAAAGCAGAUACAUCUGACUCAGCGCUUCAGACUUUUCCAGGGGGCGUUGAUCAAGAAGAAACUGGAGUUGAUAAAUUAGAGUCUUCAUGUAGGUCUCUGUGGUCCAAAACUGGAGUCAAAGAGCAAAUCAUAUGCGAGUUUGACGAGGAAAUGAUGGAGAACAUCUGUAACAUCUCCGACAACGUCAAUCUAUUCACGGUCACUCUGGCUGCACUGGCUGUUUCUGAGAAAGACCAAAAGACAGACUCUGUUGCGGAAUCUUUGAAACUGUCUGAUCAGGAGCUUCUACUGUCCACACGCACAAAACGGAUUUUGUGCCACACAGACAUGGAAACCGACUCGGAUGAGAUGAAAUUAUUGCAAUUUGCAGAUGGAGAUGAGACUUGCAAUGAAAGCAGUUGUGAUGAUAACAGUACACCGGAGGAGGGGGAAGAGGAGCAAUUAGCAGGAUAUAUGAGACGCUGAUAAGUGCUGAAAAUGGCAGUGUCACAUUUUUUUGCAGCACAAAUUUGAAUGAAUGUAUGAUGUAUAAAGACU